UUAUCCAUUUAUUUAUCACUUCUCUCUACACACUGCCCUUAUUCUCUUCUCCUGCCUCUCUGCCAAUGGCAACUCUGUGAAGGAAGUUUUUGGACCAAGUUGUUGAUUGUUCUUCAAAGCACACUCCUCUGUAGAUUCAUUCAUGCAGGUAAAUAUUAUUAUGAUGAACUGAUAAGAGAGUUGGAAAAGCCAGAAUGUCGUGCUUGGUGCCGCAGUUCAAGUGCCUGCCGGACACUUUCUCCUUCCACUCCAAAACCCAUCUCUCAAAAAAUAGUCAGUCUGUCUAUUUCCGGACACAAUGUAUUCUAUCUACUACUUCAGCCCCAACAUCAACUGCAACAACUACAGUGCUUGAUAUGGAGAAGCUGCGAAUAAUGUCUAUGGAAGCUCAUUCAAAUCAAGCUACCGCAGACAGACCAUGGACUUAUAUAGGGGCAUUUGGUCCACCAACAGAGGCAAAUUUUGGAUCAAGUUUGGCAAAAGAAACUCUUCUUACAAGUGAAGAGGCUAUUAUAGCUGCUGCUUCUGCUGAAGCAGUUACUCUAGCAAAAGCAGCUGUGAAGGUUGCAAAGGCUGCAGCUGCUAUGAUGACAGGCCACAAUAGCUGUAUGGAAUUGGAUGACAAACCUGAACCUAUUCUAUCUGAAUCUGACAGUGUCCUGUUUGAUAGGGUAGAGCUUGCAGAAACAGGACUAGUGAGUGUAACAGUAGAACCCACGACAACGGCAAAUGGAUUGGGGGAGAACCUCUCUCUGAAUUACCUUGGGGAAGAAGAUGACUGUUUGGAGCCAACAAAUGAAGAUCUCGAACUUCUCCGUGCACAAAUCUUCAACAGAAUCGCAGUGAGGUCAAGGCGUCAAACAGAACGAAAAGCCAGAAGAGCAAGAGCUGCAGAAAAGGCCGCAAUGAAUGUUGUAUCUGUGAAAUCUGGUUCUACAAGCAGGAAGAAACGUGGUUCUAUACAAGAUAUAGACUACUCUGAUCCAUUGCGUUACUUGAGGGCAACUACUACUACUUCCAGGCUUCUCACAGCUUCCGAAGAACAAGAGUUGUCAGGAGGAAUUCAGGACCUGCUGAAAUUAGAAAAACUACAAGAGGAACUUGCUGAACGAUGUGGUGCUCAGCCCUCCUUUGCACAGUGGGCAGCUGCAGCUGGUGUUGAUCAAAGGACAUUAAGGAAGCGUUUAAACUAUGGCAUACUUUGCAAAGAUAAAAUGAUAAAAAGCAACAUUAGGCUUGUUAUUUCAAUUGCAAAAAAUUAUCAGGGUGCCGGAAUGAAUCUACAAGAUCUUGUUCAGGAAGGAUGCCGAGGUCUUGUAAAAGGUGCAGAAAAAUUUGAUGCUUCAAAGGGGUUCAAAUUCUCGACAUAUGCCCACUGGUGGAUCAAACAGGCUGUUCGGAAGUCUCUUUCUGAUCAGUCCCGAACAAUUCGCUUACCAUUUCACAUGGUUGAUGCAACUUAUAAAGUGAAGGAGGCCAGAAAGCAAUUGUACAGUGAAAAUGGAAGACAACCCAAUAAUGAGGAAGUUGCAGAGGCAACUGGGCUCUCAAUGAAGAGGCUCCAUGCUGUACUACUAACCCCUAAAGCUCCAAGAUCUCUCGACCAGAAGAUUGGGAUCAACCAGAACCUUAAACCUUCAGAAGUGAUUGCAGACCCUGAAGCAGAAACGGGAGAGGAGUUGCUGAUGAAGCAAUUCAUGAAGAAAGACCUGGAGAAGGUCCUGAACUCGCUCAACCUGCGGGAGAAGCAGGUGAUAAGAUGGAGGUUCGGGCUGGAGGAUGGAAGGAUGAAGACACUGCAAGAGAUUGGGGAGUUGAUGGGAGUAAGCCGAGAGAGAAUCCGACAAAUUGAAUCGUGCGCGUUCCGGAAGUUGAAGAACAAGAGGAGAACCAAACAUUUGCAGCAGUACGCCGUUUCAUUAUAAGCUCUCAUCCAGAACCAGAUCAAGAGAACGGUUUUGUGCUGAUGAACAAGGUAGUAGCUUACUUGAGAGAGGCUUAGGAUUAUGCCUGCAUGCUUCAUUCCUUUUGUAUUCAUAUCUUCUUCUGUUUUCUCUCCUUUUUCCAGCAAUUUCUCAUAAUAGUAGGAACUGUCUGUGAAUAGGAAGAAAAGAAAAAAUCAAUUUGAUUUUUUUACAUAUUUUCUGAUCA